AUGAAAUUAGAAACCACGAGAAAAACCUGCAGCAAUGAACCUUUUUACUAUUCCCCUCCGUGCAACCUGUCAGACUUCAUUUGUAGUGGAUCUGAUCAGGAUGAAACCCCUGAACAAACUGAACAAAAACAUCAUCGAUAUGAAAUAGAAGCUAGGAGAUGUGAAGGUGGUAAACUUCCAAUUCUAAAGUCCACAAUACUCAAGGGACCGCUUUCUAAUGACUGGGUUAAUCCAUGGCAGCAAGGAACAAACAGAACUGAAGAGGACUGGUGGCAACCAGACUCUGACAAUUUUUUUCUCACUCGCAGAAAACUGAUGAAAAGAGCUGCAAGCUAUGGUUUGGGCUAUUUAACUCCUGGUGACGCCUUAGCUUGGUGUAAAGCAUCAGCUGAAGAAGCAGUUCACGUCGAAUCAACACAUGGUGACAUUACCAUGACUGAGGAGGCAAAAAGCUGUGUAAAAGGUGAUAAAUCGAGCGAAAAAACUUCGAAACAACUUCCAUUCCAUAGAAAGCGCAAACUCGAAUACUCGUUGGAACUGCAAUGUGAUACAUCCCCAAAUCCGGAUUUCCAUGACCUCAGCCCAGACUAUAAUUAUAGAGUCUUAAAGCGUGCCCGAAGAUCACGGAGACUUGAUCCCCAAACACAAUGUACGAAAUGGGAUGGAAAUGUAAUCUCAUCGCCGAGCCUCAUGCUACACCUCAACAAAAAGAGACGGCCAAAGACUGUCGCUUCGUCCCAGAAAGUACAAUCAUUUUAUUUUAAAUCAAAGCUCUCUGACAAAUCUUCUCAAAGCCUACAGCCUAUAAAAAAGCAAGUCUUGCAGGAAGAGAUUGACAUAUCUGAUGUAUCACUCGCUGAAAAAUCAAAUAUAGCAUCCAAAAAUUUCAAGAGGAGAUCAAAAAAGAAGCUUCAUAGCGUUACAUCUUUAAAAAAAAAGAAAGACGGGCUCAAAAGUAACAAUCCUCAAGAAGAAAGUUGUUUGCUGGGUCCUUGCAGAUCUCCUGUAGCCAAUUUGGAUCAGAAAAAUAAACUGCAGUGUGACCCAGAGACUCCCGCAGCUUCGAUCCCUAAGCUUAAAAAUCCAAAAAUUUACGAUAAUCUUAACGAAAAUGAAAGCCAGACUUGUAGUAGGCAGAAUACACUUCCUGUGAUAACUUCCCAGAUCAAAAAGUCUACUUUACCUUUGUGUCUAAAACAACAAAAUUUUGUAGAACAGCACAGUUUUGUGACAGACUACGCCCCCUCUUCGCGGGAUUUGGAUAAAUUUAUGUUUAAGAAGAAAGUGCGGGUCAAAAGAAAAAAAAAUGGAAGAAAAAGAAGCCUUUCAUCACAAUAUACACCCUCAUUAAAUGAGCGGGAGACUUCCCAGCCCAGAAAGAAAACAAAGACUUCUCACAUUAGUUAUCACAACUCAAAAGUGUCCGACUCUGAAAAUAAGACAAAUAACUUUUUUUUACAAAAUCCGCCUCCCAAUUAUGGGUCUACUACUGCGUCAAUAGAUUCCGGCCCGGAAAUUGACUCAACUUCGAGAGUCCAGAGUUUCAACAGAUUGAAAUUAAACAGUCCGAUUUGUAACGAUGCGAAUAGGUCACAUCAAGAGACGCCAAAAUUAAUUGACACCUCAUUAACUUGUUCUACGAAAACGAAACUCAAAAAAUCAAAUGGAAUGAACUCUUUCCCUAUCGAUUUGUACUCGCCAGGUAUCUCUCUGACACAGCGUCGAAAAAAGAUCAAAUCUGGAUCUUUAGAAAAUGAUUCUGUGCCAAAUCCAGUUUCUUUACCACUUGAUUUAACUCAGCCUUGGACUUCAAAAGGAAAACCUCCGAAAAGUCCAUUAAAAGGCUUAGGUCUGCCUCGAAGCUGUUCUACACCUAAUUUAACUGAAAUUUCCGUCCUUGCAAAGGAUGAAACCGCUGUAUGUACAAAUACAGAUCCUGCUACUCGGAGCUUAAUUCCGUCACAAAAGCAAGAUUGCUCUCCUGAAUAUAAUUCUCAACCUAAAAAUCCGCUUAAAAAUAUACAAGCAAUAAAAUUGCCUAUAGAUCCGAAUGAUAGAUCAAAUAAGAAAUCAUCGUCUAAAAAUAACUCUUUCACAUCAAAGAAAGAUUCUUGCUCCACAUUAUCAAUAUCAGAAGAUACUUUAGGUCUUAGCCCUCCCCAACAAAGAUUGACAUCAGUACUCUUGGAAGGUUCCGAUAAAUUUGAUAAUCGAAAAGUAGACAUAGAGAAUACUUUGAGGCCUAAAAGGUCGGAUAUAGAUGAUGAAACUUACAAGGUACCUAGAAUUCCUUGUCUUGAUACAACCCAUCAAAACCCUUCGACUCCCAUAAGCCUUAAAGCAGAAAAAGACACCUCGAAGCUUUCCGGCAAGAAGAAAUUUCGCUCACAAUCCCAAGCUGAAAAAAAUUUAUUAUCUACUCCAAGAUCGCAUGAGGCAAACUCCAAAAUUUUGGAGAGAAAAAUAUUGGCACAAGUCGAAAACGACCUUCUAAAAGAACCUUCUCUCUCAAGAAAAGGUCAUCUUCAAAUACACCCCCAGAGUCCUUGGUCCACUGAAGUGCAGCCUGUAAUAAUUGAUGACUGUGAGACGUCAACUAAGUUGUAUCCCCUCGACAAUGACUUAGUUAAAAAAAAUACAUCAGAUUUACCUGGUAAUACGCAAGAUAAUGAAAAUGAAGAAACAACUAUUGAACAGGAUUGUGUCCGGGUUGAAGGUAAUUCUACACAAAAGAAUACCGAGACUUCAAGUUGUCCAGAUUACAUUAGAACUCAAACGCCUCGCUCAAGCUUUCAGGCUGAUGUACAUAAACUCUACCAAUCUGCUCUGAGGAAUCCAUGGAAAGGCCUCGAUAAAUUUUCAGACUCUACUAAAAUACACAAACAAGUUUCAUUUGGAUUAUUAGAUUCUGCCAUAGAGCUGAAGUACCCUAAGCAAAUGAUCAAAUCAAGACGAAGCUCUAGUAUCUCAUCACAAUGUUUGCAGGAAGACCAGCAAGAAAUUGAUCAUCAUAUGUUGAAGGAGAUAAAAUCUCCGGAAAAGGUUGUAGCGCCUCUUCUCUCUCCAAGCCCUCGCUCGAAGUACGGAAAGUGUUCAAUAGAUGAGAGCCCUGGAGUUGGUGCAAUGGCUGAAGCUUUUCUUGCGGCAGAGGGAAAGAUAGAGACUGAAAAAAGUCCCCUAGCUCAUUCUGAAGCGCCCUCUCUAUCUUCAUCAAACAAGCAGAAAACUGACGGACUCUUUUCCAGUCAUUCCGAUGAUAAUCUGCUUAAACCUGUUGAAUUUGGUGUUCUAGAAGAUGAUCUUACGCUUGAUAUAGGCGCUAUAGCAGAAUUUGACGCGGACGCGAUCCUCGGAAACUUAGGGGACAUUUUGGAAGAUUGGACUGUUGAGUCAGAACUGACCAACAUCAAUAAGUUUGCUACUUUUAACCAGCAAAGUACAGAAGCUUGGAGUAAAUCGUUUACAAGUAAUCGAAUGACUCCCACAUAA